AUGAAUAAAGAUAGCUCACACGGGUUUACACCUUCAUUGUACGAAUUACUUAGAUUGUUGUCUUUAGAAACAAUUUAUGCCAGAUCUAAUUCUGGCUCCAGAGCUAGUACUCCACGUAAGGAUGCCCAUGCACCAGACAAGUAUGCCGGAGGCGAUGCAUCACCAAGAAAGUGUGACUGCAACGUUAGGGAUGGGGCGAAGUCAACCGCGGGAGACCGUGGUAAAACCGGCGCAGGUGUGACAGGUUCCAGAACUGGUAGAAUAUGUCAUGGUCACAAGGAGCCAGCUGCUCUACCAGCAGGUGCGACCAAUCCUGGUCUUUUACGCCACAUACAUAACGCGGCGCGAUUUUGCCUCCCUCAAUGUUUUGAAGGCGCGUUCGUAUCACUAAAACAGAAUUCUACGGAUAACUGGGUGCUGGGACACUCCUUAUCAUUUAGUUCCGUAUCACCUGGUGGUUAUAAAGUGCUGUUGUCCUAUGUGGACAAGGAUAAGUCUAUCAAACUACCAUAUUUCAUAAUGGAGGCUGCGCCGGGGGGACAGAUGAGCACCGAAAUUCGAGUGGGACCUUCCCAAGGAACGAGAGCGACACUGGUUGCACAGAUAGCUGAUAAAGAGUUCUAUAGCUUCGAAAGCAUAUUUGAUGCUUAUUUUAACAGUUUUACAGCGUCAAUUAUAGCUGUUAACCGAGACUUUAUCGCUCUCCAUUGUCUAAAGGCCAUUACUGAACAGUUGUCGUUAGGCGCCGAGAUAGUAGCGAGGGGCCAUACAGCGGAUGUAAGUUCAGCAUCAGGUGCCGGCCGUUGGGCAAACGAAGACCAUUCCAUCAGCGCCACACUUGGGAACCGGGGCUUAGACUUAUGCUAUGCAAGAGCUAUUAAACCUUUUUUAACGGUUGCUGCUUUAUUAGAGGUCGGUUUCUCAGUGAAAAAGGCAGUCGCGACUUUAGCAUACGAGUGGCGUACUGAGGAAUGGACGGUUCGCGGUUCAGCGGACUCCGACGGCCUAGUUGCAGCAACACUGCAGCGAGCUUUGGGCGGGAAGAAUUCACAAAUCUUUUGCGCUUUAUCAGCACUCCUCAACCAUCCAAACGACAAGUUCCGUCUGGGCUUCGGCGUCACUGCUACAAUCACAUAA